CUCCGCGCUCACCGCGCCUGCGCUCUCCACUCCCGCCGUCUCUCUUCAGCCGAGGCCGCUGCUGCCUCUCCUUUCCGCCGCCAUGGAGUCCUCCACUUUCACCUUGGUGCCUGUCUUCGCCCAGCUGAGCAACCUCCAGAGCCGCCUCCCACCUGUUGGUGCAGCCUCCUUCAUUGCCACCCGUGCCCAGCGCCUGUGCUGCAGCCAUGUCACUCCUGGCGACCCUGGGGCUGGAGCUGGACAGGGCCCUGCUCCCAGCUAGCGGGCUGGGCUGGCUCGUUGACUAUGGGAAACUCCCCCUGGCCCCUGCCCCCCUGGGCCCCUAUGAGGUCCUUGGGGGAGCCCUGGAGGGCGGGCUUCCAGGGGGGGGAGAGCCCCUGACAGGUGAUGGCUUCUCGGACUGGAUGACUGAGCGGGUUGACUUUACAGCCCUCCUCCCUUUGGAGCCCCCCUUACCCGCAGGUGCCCUCCCUCCACCUUCCCCAUCCCCCCCUGACCUGGAAGCCAUGGCCUCCCUCCUCAAGAAGGAGCUGGAGCAGAUGGAAGACUAUUUCCUCGGGGACCGCAAGCAAAAGAAGAGAGACCAGAACAAGUCAGCGGCUCUGAGGUACCGCCAGAGGAAGCGGGCAGAGGGGGAGGCCCUGGAGGGGGAGUGCCAAGGGCUGGAGGCGCGGAACCGCGAGCUGAGGGAGAGGGCCGAGUCCGUGGAGCGGGAGAUCCAGUACGUCAAGGACCUGCUCAUCGAGGUGUACAAGGCUCGAAGCCAGAGGACCCACAGCUGCUAGCUGGGCAGGGCUUGGGGCUGUAGGGGGCGCUGGUCUUCACCUCGGUUUCAGGGGCUGAGGUGGGAGGGUCCCUCUGUCAUCCCUCUGCCUCUUUCCAUCCCCCACAUCGCUCUCCUUUUCUCCUUGUGUCCUUGUCGGUUUCUGAUUUUGCUCCCUUCUUCCCUCCCCAGAAUCAUGACACGUCUGGCUUUAGUCACUAUCAACACUUCUCAGGUGACAGCUGAGGGACUGGGGCCCCGGGUCGCUCAGGGUCUGUCCAGCAGGGCAGUGAGGCCGGGAAGCUGUGCAGAGUGAGGGCAGAUGAAGAGGGGAGAGCCCUCUGGGGAAAAGACAGGGAGGGUUUUAAGAUCGACACCCACAUCAUUAAGCAAAAAAAAGCAAGCCAGGUGACCCUGGGAAAUACAUUGGUGCCGGGAGCCCCCGUUCACAGAGCCAGUGGCUGUGAGGGCAGAUGGGGAGGCCGGUGUGACCAUAGUUGGUGACUGGGUGUUCAUUUAGCUCUGGGAGGAAUGCAGUGUUUUGUGAAAUUGUUGGGGCGGGGCUCUGUGUAGGUGAGGGAGGGCAGGGAGUGAUCCUUGGGGUGUGUGUGUGGGGGGGGAGGUGUGGUGGAAAUAAAAUGAAGAAUUUCUUCAGUCUGUGUCUGGUCUUUGAGAGAAGUUGGAGAGAGGGCAGUCUUAGGCCAAAGACGGGAAUGAUGAUAAUAGAAGUAACAGCCCUGGCCCGGUAGCUAGGUUGGGUAGUGUUAUCCGAUACCCCAAGGUUUCGGUUAGAUCCCUGGUCAGGAUACACACAAGAAUCAGCCAUUGAAUGCAUAAGUAAGUGGAGCCACAAAUUGAUG